AUGGGGACGAACCAUGCUAGCGGUAUUUUGGUAUCGUUGCUGAUACUAGCUACACACUGUGCAGUGAUACUAGCUGCACCAAGUACCGGUCAUGGUUAUGAGACGAAAAGCUUCCCCCAAGCUUAUCUCGAGUGUCUCCAAUAUCUGAACAUUACGCGCCAGUCAAUAUACGCGUACAAUACCACAGCCGUACCUAGCAACACCGGUGGCAACUGUUUGAUGCGUUGCAUCGGUCUAAACACUCGCUGGUGGAACGAUGAGACGGGUCUGAACGAGAAGGCAUUGGUACGCUUCUUCCGCCAAACGGAUCCCAACUCCCUGGAGCAGGCACGCACCUGUCUGGCGACGGUUUCCAAUGCGUCCGGUACCUGUGACGCGGCUUAUCGGACGUUCCGUUGCUACAGUGACGCACUUGGUGAAGUCAUCGCGCACCCGGAGUAUGUAGCACCGUGCAGGGCAGAGAUACAGCGAGCAGUGAGCGAUUGUGCUACGAUGCUGCAGAUAUCCGACGGUCAGCUUGCAUCGUGCGUUGGUACCGAAACGUUUUUGCACGGUGACAACUCUACCGCGUUGCUGCGGUGCGUUGUGCUGCGACUGGGAAUUUACGCCGACUCUACCGGAGUGGAUUGCGAUCGAUUGCAGCUGCUGAUGGACAGUGACACUGCCGAAUCAUGGUCGGAAGCGCAUGCAGAGGAGGCAAAGCGAUGUGAGAAGGAUUUGCGUGAAUUAGGUGCAGACGUGUGCGUUGUUGCGGCACACUCCGUCGAGAUCUGUUACGGCUGGAGAGCGUUUGCAGCGCUUUGGCAGGUGCUGAAGGAAGAGUAUGGCGAGUCGGAUAAUGUGAUUGUAAAAGAGCGCAUGGAAGAACCGCUAGUAGAGUCGAACGAUGUUAAAAAGGAGAAAAUGGAAGAGGGCAGCAAUGAUAUCAAGGCUGAUGCGGUUGAUGUGGAGGUAUUUAGUUACCCUUCCGGUGCGCGAUAUCGAUCCCUCUUGAUGAUAGCUCCAAAAUGGAUUGCUCUAGAUGUGGCAUCCGAUUCGGACAGCUCAUCUUCCGAAGAGGAUAGCACACCGGAAAAUGAUAAGCCUGAGGUUCACGAGUUAGAGACCGAUAAAUUGGCCAAUUCAGAUAAUGCUGUAAAACAAGAAAUAACGCCAGAGCCUGAAGAACCGGUGCAAAAGGAUCCGGAAGCAUAUCACGUUGUGCACACACGCUCGGUUAUGUAUCCAAUGCCAUCUGAGGUAUAUCCGUACUGCAGGCCAGUACUACCGCCAUAUGUAUCACGGAUCAGACGUUCAUAUUCUGCCCCCCACUACCACCCACAUGAUAUACCAAUGAUGGGCAAUCGCCACUUCCAUCCAAUGUCUCAUCCUGUUGUGAAGAGAUCCAUCCCUAUGGAGCCCAUGUUCGCCCCGGCACAAUUCGUUCCAAUGCGUUUUGUUCGAGAAGCUGUUGGCCCGUCUCUCGAAACGGUCCCAGCGGAAAGUAUGAGCGAAGCAACUGCCUCUGACGGUCAACAAGAUCAAUUGGUGCCUUUGUUUGAUGCAGACUUCAAGCAAGAGGAACUGUUGAAGCUAGCUGAGGUAGCUGAUGGUAAUCUGAAUGAUGGUGGAGAAAGUGAUGCUUACGAGGAACAAAGCGUUGCUGAUGCGACACCGAACAAUGAAGAAGAUCACGCACAGGAGGCACAAUCCGUGACAGUUUCGAAAACCGAUGAGACAUUACCAACGAAUGUUGCUGAUGUGACAUCGAAUGUUGGAGAAGAUAAGGCACAGGAGGAACAAGCCGUAGCAGUUCUUAAACCAGAUGAGUCCUUACCGACUUCCGACGAUAAUGGAGAGCGUUCUGCAUUCGAGGUAAUGGAUCUGCCAGCUGCAGGCGAUGGUGAGGCUGCACCUGAAUUUGUUGAUACAGAUACAGCUGUCGGUGGAGCAGGAAACGAAGUAGGUUCCGUAGACAGUACCAAUCCAGCAGUUGCAUCAGCUGAUGCCGACAAAACUGAAACAAGUGCUCCCGAGUCACAAAAUCGUCCAGUUUUAGAAUCUGCCACUUCGGCGGAUAAUGCUGUUCCACCAGUAGCACAACCACCCUCUUCCAAUACUGUUGCUACUGAGCAAAGCAACCAGAAUGAAGCACCCGCACCGAAGGCGAUACAUCCGCACACCGUACAGCGUCUCAUUCGGGCCGUUCAUGCGUCCAACAUGAUGAAAACCAUAAUUUCUGUAUUAAAAAAACAUUGA